AUGUUUUUUAAUUUAAUUACUAAAAGGACGACAUCUUUUGCUGUGAGAUGUUUAAGUCUUAAUAGUAUUUUUAUUCAAACAACUGUAAAACAUUUCCCUGAACCAACAAAUUGUGUGCUACAUCACCAGCAGUAUCGUCUCAAAUAUACACAAAAUAAAGGAGUUAAAGGUUUGCGCAACCGUAAACAUCAAUAUGAAGCCAAGGAAAAACAAGAAAAUGCCGAGGACGACGAACUCAACGAUGUGUUUCAACAGACUUUAAAUCUGGAAGAUAGUGAAUACGAUUUAGUUGCAAAUGGUGCUAUGAAUAUUACACGUAAAUCAACACAACCGCAAAAUGUGCUGGUCAUACAACCCUAUGUCAAAUGGGGUCCUAAACGUGCCACCAUCACUACACCAGACGAUCAAUUGGAUGAAGCUAAAGCGCUGAUACACUCCAUUGCCAAUUGGAAUGUGGCUUUAGUCAUUAAAGUCCCCUUGGAAACAUUAGAUCGUAAAGCACUCUUUGGCAAGGGCAAAAUGGAAGAGAUACGAAAUUUAGUGCAAGAAUUAAGACAAGCUAAAAGUCAUAAUCAGCAGCCGCUUACAUGCAUUUUUGUUAGCAAAGGUUCAUUGAGUUUUGCUCAAAAAGCUUUGUUAGAGGGGACAUUUCAUUUACCCGUAAUGGAUCGUUAUUCGGUGGUAAUACAGAUUUUACGUUUACAUGCUACCAGUGCAGAGGCUCGCUUACAAGUAGCCAUGGCAGAAAUUCCAUAUAUUUGGUCACAAGCAAAAGAGGCUAAUACCUCAAGGUCCACCAAAUUGGGCUAUUCAUUGACCGACACUCAAAGGGAAAUCCUGAAGACAAGAGAGAAAAAAUUAAAAAUGGAAUUGGAGCGGAUAAGAAAUCAUAGAAAACUUUUACGAAACAAACGUAAACAACACAACUAUCCUAUAGUGGCCGUUGUGGGUUAUACAAAUGCUGGAAAAACGUCCAUAAUCAAAGCUCUAACUCAAGAACAAGCUAUACAACCCAAGGAUCAAUUAUUUGCCACACUUGAUGUUACAGCUCAUGCUGGCCGACUGCCGUGUAAUCUGGAAGUCAUUUAUAUGGAUACAGUUGGUUUCAUGUCUGAUCUACCCACGGGCCUAAUAGAGUGUUUUGUAGCUACUCUAGAAGAUGCCAUGUUAGCAGAUGUUAUUUUACAUAUUCAAGAUCUAUCACAUACCUGUUGUGAAGCCCAAAAACAACACGUAGAAUCCACGCUGAAAACAUUAACGCAAAAUAUGUUUUUGGAGGAUGAAGAUAAAGUCGAUUUACCGCCCAUCAUUAGAGUGGGCAAUAAAGUAGAUUUGUUAGAGAUGAAAAAUGUUAAUGAUUUCACGGGUUUAAAGGUAUCGGCUAAGAAACAACAAGGUCUAACAGAAUUACUAGAAGAAAUAGAAAAUCACAUACUUACCACCACAAAUAGAAGAAAACUUACAAUACGUGUACCUAAUGGCGGCAUUGAAAUGUCCUGGCUUUAUAAAAAUGCAGCAGUGGUAAAUAUGAAGGCUGAUAAUGCAGAUUCACAGAAUUUAUUAAUGGAUAUUGUUAUAAAGGAAAGUGUUUUACAGCAGUUUAAAAAACAAUUUUGUCAAAAGUAAAUUAGCAAAUGUUUAAGGAAUAUUUUGUACGAGUAUGUUAUUUAUUUUUGAAUUGUUAUUUUAUUUUUUUGUAUACUGAUUUUAAUAAAAACUAUAUAUAAGUUACAUAAAA